CACGACGGCCAGAACAAUGAGACGGCAAGUGCUGCUGUUUAUCUUGAUCCUCUAUUUCAGUUCAGUGAUUGGGCAGGUCAGCUACUCCAUCCCAGAGGAAAAGCCCACAGGUUCUUUCGUGGGUGAUAUUGCGCAAGAUUUGGGUUUGGAUGUGAAAAGAUUGAAAUCAGGAAAAGCUCGCAUUUAUACAGGAGACAGUGCAGAAUACAUCGAGUUAAAUAAAGAAAGAGGAGUUCUCCUUGUCAAAGACAGAAUAGACAGAGAGGUGAUCUGCGCUCAGACGUCGCCCUGUGCUCUACAUUUCCAGGUUAUUUUGGAGAAUCCUAUGGAAUUUUAUAGCAUUACAAUACUGAUCCAGGACCAGAACGACAACCCUCCUCAGAUUCUGUACCCAGUCCAGACUGGUGGCUCUCUGGUGGCUGAAAUGGUGCCUCGUUCAGCAGAUGUGGGCUAUCUGGUGACUAAAGUGGUGGCUGUUGAUGUGGACUCUGGACAGAAUGCCUGGCUCUCCUAUAAACUGCAGAAAGCCACAGACAGGGCGCUGUUUGAAGUGGGCUUACAGAAUGGAGAAAUAAGAACUAUCCGCCAAGUCACUGAUAAAGAUGCAGUGAAACAAAGACUGACUGUUAUAGUGAAGGACAACGGGCAGCCCUCUCGGUCAGCUACAGUCAUUGUUAAUGUGGCGGUGGCGGACAGCUUCCCUGAAGUGCUGUCGGAGUUCACUGACUUUACACACGACAAGGAGUACAAUGACAGCCUGACUUUUUACUUAGUGUUGGCUCUGGCUGUAGUUUCCUUCCUCUUCAUCACGUGUUUAGUGGUUAUUAUAUCAGUGAAAAUCUACAGAUGGAGACAGUCUCGCAUCCUGUAUCACUCCAAUCUCCCUGUGAUUCCAUAUUAUCCACCACGUUACUCAGACACUUUGGGGACAGGGACUCUGCAGCACGUGUACAAUUACGAGGUGUGCAGGACGACUGACUCCAGAAAGAGUGACUGUAAGUUCGGCAGAGCUGGUAGUCAGAACGUGCUGAUAAUGGACCCCAGUUCUACAGGGACGAUGCAGCGGAUACAGAAUGAAAAGAGCAUCCUGGAUGAACCAGACUCUCCUUUAGAGGUUAGAAUUUAA